UGAACAAGAAUAGGAAGAAUAACCAGGGAAAGCGACACGGUAUAUACACACUAACUGCCAAAUUAGGGCUUUCUGCUUGCAAUUACAGCUCUUUCGACUUGUCUUCUGAUUUUAACUCUUUUAUCGGGGUUUUAAGUGGUCAAUCUGAUUGCAAUGCUAGAGAAGUUGACUAUGGCGAAUGUGUGAUGGAGAACUUGCAACUCCCCAUUUUGGUUUCUUUUCUACUUGCAUUCCAGAUAUGUGAUGAUUAGAUUGUUUUGAGAAUCCAAUGAAGCUUAAUUGCUGAGUUGGGUUGGCAGUAAAGAUGAAACAUAGUACAAGAAAGAGAGAGGGGUUUGGUGGGGUAUAGCAUAUAUAUUGACCAUUGACAAGGUAAUGAUCAAUGAGUGAAUGAAUGUAUAUUGUUUAGCCAUUAGCGUGAUGUGGAUUAAAUUGGGGAUGACAAAGCGUAACCGGCGGCUUGAAUGGACAGUUCUGAUAGAAAAAGCCAUUUUGGUGUGGUGUUCUGUGCAAAAUUAGCUCAAAGAGUUGCCAUAUUUAAACCAAAGGUGGCGCCAAAUUUUCAAACUUUGUGCUUCUCUGUCUCAAGCACCUGAAUGGUCAGUUGAGUAUCCCAAAACCAUCUCUCUCCGGCCACUUGUCGCCCUCUUCAAUCCAUUUGCCACACCCUAUUCAAUUCCUCAUUCGUCUCUUCUAUUUUUCUCUUUCAUGGCCUUUUCUCUCUCUUCACCGACCCCUCUGCAAUUUCUCGACGCGUUCUCUUGCUUUUUCAACACCUGGGCUCCUUCUAGUGGCUGCAACUUCUACUCCAUGACUAUUUCUCACCAGAAAAUGAGAACAACCCAUAUUUACAACAAUAUAGAAAUAGAGUUCUCUCUGAUCAACAACACCCCGCCCCACAUCCACCCACCCCUAAAGGGCCAUUGUCACUAACUCACUCUCCAAUUUGUGUUCAUUUUUGGUACAUGGAGAACCUUUUUUCACCCUUAUCCACAAAUAUCACUUCCAACACCACCACCAUUACCACCAAUGCUACCAAACCAAAUAUGAGUUUUUCUCAAAAUUCCCCAUUGUCCUCUAUCUGUGGACCACUGAACUACCCGUCAACGUCUUCUACUUCAUCUCCACCAGAUCACAGCAUUCCACCACCUUUUCAAACCCAAGUCCACACUAGCCAGUUCUCUCCUUUCUAUCCUUUCUGGUUCUUACAAAAUGGGAUUGAAAUUCAAAGAUCAUACCUUUUGCAGCCAAAUGGGUUUUCAAUAGACCAAGAAAGGAGAGUUCUUGAUGCAUAUAAGACCAAGGUUGCUAGAAGCAAGAGAAAACUAGCACGCCAAAGAAGCCUCAUCAAGAAUUCUUCUUCUGGUGUUAAUUCAGCUCAGAUGGAUAUAAAGAAACCAGCUUUCAAUGGUGCUAGUACCAAUGUGCAAGAUAGCCAAGGCAACAUCAACAAAGAUCUCUAUACAUUCUGCACACUAGAUAAUAAGAAACUGAGGGUGUUGCUAACGAAGGAGUUGAAGAACAGUGAUGUUGGGUCUCUUGGGAGGAUCGUACUUCCAAAGAGAGACACAGAGGAAAAUCUUCCUAUCCUCUCUGAAAAAGAAGGCAUCCAAGUUGUUCUCAUAGAUGUAAACACUAACCAAGAAUGGAGCUUGAAGUUCAAGUAUUGGUCUAACAACAAAAGCAGAAUGUAUGUUCUUGAAAACACAGGAGAUUUUGUAAAGCAAAAUGGGAUGGAGAGUGGAGAUUCCCUUACACUUUACGAAGAUGAGAGCAAGAAUCUCUAUUUCUCUAUCAAGAAAGUGGAAACACAAGAAGCUGAGCCUUUUACAAACCAAAGCUACCUGUACAUACCUAAUGCAUGCCAUGCUAGAGAUGAAGAAGAAGCAUCUUUUGCAUUACUUAUGGAGCAGCUUAAACAUAAAGAACAACAAGAAGAGGAAGCUAAUAGUCUCGUCACAUUGUCUAUGGAUAUUGGUUCUUCUUAUAGACACAAAGAGGAAGAAAAGAAUGGUCGUUUUUUCAACAAUGUCACUAGCAUCGGACGAACUUCAAGUUCAGCUCAAAGUAUGGAUGAUCACUUCAUUCUUGAUGACUGCUAUAAUGGCCUUGAUAUUCUUCCUGAUGUCAAUAGGUAUAAUUUUCAAUAUGAUUAGGUUUUGAAUCGGAAGCUAUCAAGUUAAGUUUAUGACAUCAAAAUGGAGGAAAUAAAUGUCUUGAUGGUGCAGCUUCAAAGUUAACAAACAUGUUUAGUUCUAUACUGAUAAUAGACACCUGAUUGUUUAUGAACAGGGAUUUUUUUCUUUUUC